CAGAGGUCCACAGAGAGGAGAGAAGAUGCUCUGCGCGCCAGAUCAGAUAGCCUGUGCAUUUAUGAAAUAUGACGACUCCACGCCGACUACCGGAGAGAUGCCUCGCAUAUAUUAGCGGUUUCCCUCCAUUUCCGUUGCAGGAUGACCUGUCAGGUGCUACGUGUGUCUCUGUCCACAUCAUGAGUAGCGCACGGUGUUGCGUCUGUGUGUCAACUCAGAAGAAAUGCCUUCUCACCUAAGUGAUUUUUCCUCUCUUCUCCUCGGACAUUAUAUAGCCUACAUCAGUAGGUCGGAUCGCCUUGUUUUUGUGUUUCCGUGGCCACUGAUUGAUGACUUGUGCCCCCAGGACUGUGAAGCUACGGAAGCAGGAUGAAAAUCCCUCAUUUGGUGUCCCUUUAACCCCUCAGUAAUUACACCCUGCUAUUAGACUGGGAAUCUCGGUGAAAAUCAACUGAUUAAACAAUGCAAAGACCUUCAAUAUAUCGACAUAAAGGACAAAGAUGUUUCCUGGCUGUGGAUUUAUUUAAGCAUUGCCAUGGGGAAGAGUUUGGACUGAAAGACAGAGAGAUUUGAUAACACAGUGGAAGAGACAGAGCCUGGAGGUGAAGACAUGGUCAUCACUGAUAGAAACACCACCACCCCUGUACCUAAAAAGGAGCCACAGAAGAAGACGAGGAGGAAGUCUCGCCCUCAUGGCCUGCCCUCUCCGGCACUCUGCUGUGCCUGUGGCCUAUGCAUCAUGCUGGCUGGACUCAACAUCACCCUGGUGGGAGCGUUCGCCUUCAGCACACUGGUGCCUUCUGCCAAUCCCCCGAUCAUCAUCGGACCUAUCCUCCUGCUGGUGGCCUUUUCCUUUUUCGGGGCCUGUUGUGUGUGCAGCCGCCUCCCCCCUCCCCACAGCUCCCGGAGGUCUAAGGUGGGCAGCAGAGGUACAGGGCUGAUGGGACAUGGCGGGCUGGCUGGUGGAGCAACGUUUGAAAUAGAGACCAGCGAGCACACACUGCAGGAUACUACAGCUGUGCAGCUAAGCCCCACAUCCUCGCCUGGAUCAUCCCAGGCAUCCAGCCCAGAAAAGGAGCCUCCUGACAUGGCCCUACCAGGACCCUGCAAUCUUUUCACCAUGGAGACCAACGGCCCUUCUGUUUCCGCCACCGCAGUCUACUCAGCCUCCACAGCAACAGGAGGGGAGGUGAGGCUCAACCUGCCACGUGAAGAAGUCGCCUAGCAAAGCAGAAACUCUUCCAAGAACGGAGUGAUUGCCAGUGUAAAUAUCCUUCUGGGUAGAGGGCUUGCUGAGUGUGAUUGUGUCCUCUAGUUUACGUAGUGCCAUAUUUCUGGUCGUGAACAGUUUGCUUUUGAUUUUCUUGUUGUGCAGCCAACUGGUAAUUAGCAUGCAAAGUUAAUGAAACAUCCAAGUGUUUGUGGAUCAUAGGUUUUGGAAUUCAAAUUCCUACCUCUGUUGUGCUGUUUUUUCCUACAGGUCUUUGUUUUUAACGUAGGGCAUUAUGAACAGUUUUCAAUUUGGAAAUAUAACAAAAAGUGUCGGAAACCAUAAAAAUUUAUAUUCCACUGCUACUCCGGUUUGUUGUAACCUCAGCGGUCAGCAGUGAUUUCAGAGGGCUGGACUGAAAAAUAUGAUUGUUUAUUUGUUCUGAAAACUUAAAGAUUAGAUGUGAAAGGUGAACAGUGAACUGUACAAGUACAUUUGUAGUGACAUUUGGCAUUUUGUGUGCCAUUCUCAGUGCUGAACUUGUUUUUGGGGCAUUAGAUAUUAUAGGUCAUAGGGGUCCCAAAGCAAUAUCCUCUCACCUGACAUUAAAUUCUCUGCAUUUAUAGUUCUUUUAACAAGUAAGUGAUAACACACUACUUGUCUACAGCCAAUACAUUUGUCAUGAACAAACAGUGUGUUAACAUAACAUGUAACUGUGUACAAGCGUUACCUGUAGUUUGACAAACAUCUGUCAUCACACCAAUAUUAACACUGUGAAUAUUUUUCUCAGCACAUUGCUUUGUGAUUUCACAUGCACAUUUUCAUUAAUGGUAGUCGCAACUCAGUUUUUUUUUGCAAACUUUAUUUAGAUUUUUCCGUACAAAAUAACAAGUAACAUCUCCCAUUUCCACCCCCAUCCAUACCAGGGUCAACAUAAAUACAUACAAAUGAAUCAAGCAAACAGUAGACAAAAACAAUGAUAUCUAAAUAGUCAAAAAAGAAUUGUGUGCAAGAUGUGUGCAUAUAGACUAGACUAGAGUCAGACCAUAAAAGUUCUCCUCUUUAGUGUCUUAGCACUAUAACUUUGGUAGAAAAAGGGCUUAAUUCAAGCAAAAGACAAUGUUUCUACGUAUCCUUUGAAAGGGGACCAAGUUGUAUAAAACUUUUCCUAGGUCAUUAUAUCUUUUUGAUCCAUUAAAUGUAGGGGGACAUUUGAGAAGAAUGAGAUGGCGGGGCCCAGAGAGAAUGCCAAAUGACAGUGAUAGGGUUGAGGUCAAGCAUUCUACCACACACAUGCAAGAGGGGUUCAAAGAUAGGUUUCCAGAAAUGAUUCAGUGUCUGACAUGUCCAAAACAUGUGGCCCAAAGUGGCAGGGCUUUGGUGGCAUCAGGGUCAAUUGGCAUUCACUGUAUGGAAUAUUUGAGCUAGUCUAGCAUUUGAAAAAUGCAGUUGGUAAAGGACUUUGAACUGUAUUAAUCCAUGUCUUAUACAGAGGGAUGAGGUAUGGAUGUGUGCUAUACUGUCUUCCCAUACCUGCUCUGAUAGUUCGUCCCCAAUGUCUUCUUACAAAGCUACUUUGUUGUCGGCACAAGUAAGGGGCUUAAUGUGCUGAAUCACAGUAUACCCUGGAGAUUAGGCCAUUCCCAUAUGGGUUAAGAUCUAAGAGGUAAAAUACCGGAUCGACUGUGGUAGUACCAGAGAAGGAUGGAAAAUGAUACAUUUCUGGACCUGCAAGUAUCUAAAAAAGUGUGACCUGGGAAUAUUAUUGUUUUUACAUAAACUUAGGAAAAAAACAAAGACCAUUGCCACAACUUAAACGCUGAAUCUAUUUGUGAUGGUAAGAAUAGGUGUUUAAAGGUUAAGUGGAAAAAAGUGCUUGUUUGCUGAAGAUUGAAGUGUCUUCUGAAUUGGUUCCAGAUUCUAAGGGAAGUUUUUACAUUGGGAUUUGCAGUGUGGAUACCCAGAUAUAGAGGUAAUGGAGAGGUCAAUAGCGACCAAGUCGGAAAAUGUGGUAAUACAGAAAGAUAAUUUAGAUAUGUUUGCAAUAAUUAUGAUGUAAAUUGGGUAGACCUAGUCCACCUUUUGGUUUUGACCUUUUCAGAUAUACCUUUUCGCACACGUGGCUUAGAUUUAUUUCAAAUAAAUGUAGAGAUAUAUUUGUCCAAUUGUUUAAAAAAUGACUUGGGUAGAAAAAUGGGGAUCAUCUGGAACAAGUAUAAGAAUCUUCUAAUUUUAACAGAAUUAGUGCGCCCUGCUAAAAAAUAGGGAGUCAACUCACAGUUUUAACGUUGAGCUCAUCAUGCUAUUUCAUAUACAUUCAUAUAUUCAUAUCAUGAUCCAAGUGGAAUAGGACACUUACUGUACCUUACUGUAAGGCAUAGAAAUGUGUCAUAAUGAUGAUUUUUUUCAUCAUGAAUUUGAAUUCACAGUGGGACCCCACAAAAGAAUGUUUUACAAAUAUGAAUUUCACAGUAUUGAUAUAUAUUUUUUUUUUAUGUCCAGUAUAAGACAAACUUUAAUUUCACAUUCAGAAGAAGUUAACCUCCACUGGACCUUGUAUACACAAUAUAGGGGAGCAAAGAAGUCUGACAGAGUUAAGAUAUUCAGAUUGCAUAAAAAAGUAACUGUUCCCCGUCACUGUGAUGUCUUCUUGUCAGUUAUGAACUCGACUGGUUAAAAGAGACAUUCAAACUGAUUUCCUUUGAAAGGAAAGUUGCCUUAGACUGAGAUAUCAGAAUCAAACUAAUGAGGGCUAUAACACAAGUGCACAAUAGCAUUUAGCUUCAGAAAGCCUUUGUUUGGCUCUGGAUUUCUAUUCCAUAUUGUUAAAAAAGCCUCAACAAGUUUUUUGUGUGUGGGUAUAACAAAUGCAUGCAAAUGACUUAGAUGUUUCAUCUCAGCAGACAUUUAUAUAGAGUAGCAGGUGAGUGAACAUCUGCAUACAGAUAUACAGUCCAGUGACCAGAGCAUUACCAUAUAAGGUGUUAACCUUCAUUAUUUGUGACACAGCUCCUCAAAUGGACCAGUUUCUCUGUCAAAGCUCUCUCUCUCUAAGCUUAUUUUUUGCAAGUUCAGAGAACUGAGUUAUGGAAAUGCAAACACCCUCUUGUGAACUAUUGGUGUUAUCUGUGUAUUUUAAUUUGUGUAGCACUUCUACAAAAAUGAAAAUCUGGAAAAUGUAAAGGAUAGAAUAUUUUUGUGAAGAUUAUAAUUUGUUUAUUUUUAAAAAAAAGCAGCAUUCCAAAUGUGAAUCUUUCAAAAGAUACAAAUAAAAAGGCUCUUUCAGUAGAACACGAGGUUGCUCAUUAUGUAUGCGUGGCAUGACACUGUGUUCUUGCUACAUUGCAUUUUGUGUCAUCAUGAAGUGAAAUGAAUAAAAAUGUCCAACUGGG